GCACAGACAGCAAGAUCCGCCCAGCCUUUCACUCAACGUCAACGACCACUGAGUCACUGACGGAGACCGUUACGCACCGAUAUUAAUAGCACACUUCUGCAGACGCUCGGCAGCCUCUCGUCCUCCACCUCUGACCAUUCGCUUGGCGUUUCCUUCCUGGCACCGGUCCAUCUGCAAGCUAAGCCGAUUCCUCGGAUCUGCUGGCAGGCGGUUUGUGGAGGCUCCUCUGCCCUGCCCCUUGCCGAUAUCGCUGACGCCGGCAGCAGCAAAGCGAGAAGUGCACUCGCUGAAGAAGACUCUAUUCGGACCCCCUCGGCUGUGAGGUGCGCUCUGCAAAGGCAAGAAGGGCGGCACUCUGCUGCUUGUAAUGGCCUUCCUUCCUCUGAUUCAGCUUGUCCCAUCCCAUCUGUCCAACGAUGCCGGCAAUGCCGAAGCCACUGUCAGUGUCGCCAGGAUCGACGCGCAUCGGAUGGAUUGGCACCGGCGUCAUGGGCGGCGGCAUGUGCGCAAACUGCAUACGAGGGGUGGGUGGGCGGGUGGACCGGUGGGCAGGGGCGGCCGUGGACGUGUGUGUCUUUUGCACUGCCUGUCGGGGUGAAAGUCUGUCUGUCUGGCUGGCUGUCUGCGUAGGGCUACUCGGCCACUGUGUUCGACCUUUCCCCUUCCAAGUGCGCGCCGCUCGUGGAGCUGGGUGGGUGAGGGCAGGGCAGCCGGCCUCAUUUGCAACAAGCCGAGAGGGCAUGUGUGUGUGUGUGUGUGCAGGUGCGCAAGUGGCUGGUUCGCCCAAAGAGGUGGCCAAUGAAGCUGACGUGGUGUUCCUCUGUGUGGGCUUCCCUGAAGACGCUGAGAAGGGUACGUACGCUGCCUGACAGACGAACGAUGCUCUCUGCUUUGAGAGUGUGUGGACACCCUUCCUUCUUUGUGUGUGUGUGUGUGUGUGUGUGUGGCCGUUGGUUCAGCCAUAGUAGGUGCUGACGGCACUAUGGAGGGCCUCAGGCCAGGCGGCAUCAUCGUCGACAUGACAACCAGUAAACCCCUCACCCAUUCACCCCCACACACACCUUUUCCCUGCACCACCUUCGUGUGUCAGGCAAGCCCUCCCUCUCUGCAAGCAUCGCCGAGCGUGUGGCUCAGCAAGGCUGCUAUGUCAUCGACGCGCCCGUGUCGGGCGGGGACGUGGGUGCGCGUGAGGGCCGGCUCGCCAUAUUCUGCGGUGGCGACCGGUCGGCGUUCGAUGCGGUGCGGCCGUUGCUGGUGUGCAUGUCGAAGGAAGAGGCCAUCCACCACAUGGGGCCGGCGGGGAGCGGGCAGCACAUGAAGAUCACCAACCAGAUACUCGUGUCAAUCAACCUUAUCGGCGUCGCUGAAGGUGCGCGAAACACCACACACCCACUGCACUGCACUGAGCCUUCAAUCCUCCAGUGCAUGUGUGUCUGUGGGUGUCGGUGUGCAGGGCUGCUGUAUGCUCAUCGUGCGGGGCUUGACGUCGAGAAAGCCCUCGCCGGGGUCUCUAAGGGGGCGGCCGGCUCAUGGUCAGUCAAGUCAGACCAGCCGGCGACACACACGGACAGACAGGCAGCUUAUCUCUCUCCCUCCCUCUCUCUCUCUCUCCCUCUCUGCGCGUGGCCUUCAGGAGUCUGACGAACUACGGCGAUCGCAUCCUGCGUCGCGACUUCAAGUGUGGGGGCAGCGUGGCGCUGUUCGUCAAGGACCUCCGAAUCUGUGUGGAGGAGGCCAACAGAAUGGGUCUCGCGCUGCCCGGCCUGGCACUCGCGCAUCAGCUGUACGUGGCCAUGCAGGUCGGUGGGACAGCACACACAUACACACACACACAGAGAGAGAGUGAGAGAGAGAGAGAGAGAGGUGCACGUCUGUGGUGUGGUGUGGUGUGGUGUGGUGUGCGGGGCGGUGUGUGUCAUUUAGGCUCAGGGCGACGGUGAUGCGGCCAUUCACGGGCUGACGCUCGCCUUGGAGAGACUGAAUGGCGUCAAGACUCUGGGAGACUACACCAAGUGACGAAGUGCCUCACCCAUCGGUGAUCACUCAGUCCGACUGAGUUGGUGGCAUUGUGUCGUCGUGUGUUGUGCGGACGGCACGGCACUGGAUGGAUGGAUGAGUGGAUGGAUGGAUGGUCCUCGGCAUUUUCAGUGAGUGUCGGGCGGGGCGGGGCUAGUGCGGCUGGUGUUGAUAGAGAUCAGAGGGAGGCUAGGGCUGCAGGUCUUUCCGGCCGGCACUAGGUGGUUGGUUGGUACUGAUGGACUGACUGCUGGCGGCCCCUUCGUUCGUUCGUUCGAUCGUUCGUCGGUGCCGCUUGCCAAAGCGCAGGCAGGCAGGCAGCGUCGAUGUGACACACACACACACACAGACAUGCAGGGAGCCAGGCAGACAGCAUACCACACCGUGACUAGUACUACAGUGGCUGGCUGGCUGGCUGGCGCAACGAAACGACAGACCCCACAGGCACACCACAAACACUCACACACAGCUAGCCUGGCGCGGUCUCAUCUCGUCUCAUAUCGUCUCACAUGGGGUUUGGUUUUGAUAAAGUUCACAUAAAGACAGACACACACACA